CAGGGGAGGAGGGGGGUGGGAGAGCAUGCGGAGCUGAGACAGGUGUUGCUGGGUCUUUGCGCAUCGCCAGUGAGACCGUUUGGCAGGAUGGGAGCCGCGAGGACACCUACGCAACCCCACCACAGCUUCCCAUGUAUCCUGCUGUCCUGCUUUUCGUAAUACGGAAUUCAAUUAACGCUGGAAACCAACUGAACGUCGCAAUGGUGCACCACUCGGGCUCCAUCCAGUCCUUCAAGCAGCAGAAAGGCAUGCACACCAGCAUCAGCGAGAUCCUGAAGGAGAAAAGCCUGAAGCCGUCUCGCCGCAGCCUGCCCUGCCUGGCCCAGAGUCAGACUCAUCCAAUCAACCUCAACCACUUCCUGUCUGUGCCUCUGAGCCCGGAGCCCAAACCAGAAGUCGAGGUUCUGAGUCAGAGCAUCAGCACCUCCUGCAGCCUCCUGCCCCCGCAGACAGCAGAGGAGGGAAAGGAUCAGUACGUGGAGGAGUCGGAGGCGACUACGUGUGAAACCAGAGCAGACGAGUCGUUUCUGCUACACAAGCCUACAGUCACACGAGCUAAACUAGAGGCUCGCACAGAAUCACUCAAGGGAAAGAAUCGAGCUGGAUCCUCUGGGCUGUUUUUCCGAGAUGGAAAAAAGCGAAUUGACUACAUCCUGGUUUAUAAGAAGUCCAGUCUUCAGGUGGAAAAGAGGUCCACCUUUGAGAAGAAUUUACGGGCUGAGGGUCUAAUGCUGGAGAAGGAGCCCUCCUUGACGAAUAACGACAUCAUGUUUGUGAAGGUCCACGCUCCUUGGGAUACGCUCUGCAAAUACGCAGAGCAGAUGAACAUCCGAAUGCCUUUCAGGAAAAAAUGUUACUUUACGGAGUGGAAGAGCAAAACCUUGGGCAGCAGGUUUCAACUGAGAUGUUGUCAGAUAAAAAGCUGGCUUCCCAGAAAUCCCAUGAAGCUGGACAAAGAGGCCUUGCCUGACCUGGAGGAAACCGAAUGCUACACAGCGCCCUUCAGCAGAGCACGCAUGCACCACUUCACUAUCAACAAUAGAGAGACCUUCUUCUCCAAUUCCACCAGAAGCAGAAUAGUUCAUCAUGUGCUGCAGCGCACCAAGUAUGAGGACGGAAAAUCAAAGAUGGGUAUCAACCGAUUAUUAGGCAACAACACAUAUGAGGCUGCAUUUCCUCCUCAUGAGGGAGGUUACAAGAGCACACACCCGAUUAAGACACACGGUGCCCAGAACCACAGGCAUCUUCUGUAUGAGCGCUGGGCCCGCUGGGGAAUCUGGUACAAAUACCAGCCUCUGGAUCUCAUCAGGAGGUACUUUGGUGAGAAAAUUGGUCUUUACUUUGCGUGGUUGGGCUGGUACACCGGCAUGUUGAUCCCUGCUGCCCUGGUUGGCGUUCUCGUCUUUCUUUAUGGUCUCUUCACGAUGGACUCCAGCCAAGUCAGUAAAGAGAUCUGUGAAGCCCACACCACCACCAUGUGUCCUAUGUGUGAGGACACGUGUGAUCCAUGGACGCUGAGUGACAGUUGUGUCUACGCAAAGGUGACCCAUCUGUUUGAUAAUGGCGGCACGGUGUUCUUUGCUAUCUUCAUGGCUAUUUGGGCCACAGUAUUCCUGGAGUUCUGGAAGAGGAGGAGGGCAGAACUGACUUACGACUGGGAUCUUAUCGAUUGGGAGGAGGAAGAGGAGGAGCUGCGGCCUCAGUUUGAAGCCAAGUACUCCAGGGUGGAGAGAGUCAACCCCAUCUCUGGCAAGCCCGAGCCUUUCCAACCCUUCUCAGACAAACUCAGCAGGCUCAUGGUGUCUGUGUCCGGAAUAUUCUUCAUGAUUUCCCUCGUUCUGACAGCCGUGUUUGCCGUGGUGGUUUUCCGUCUCAUUGCGAUGGAGCAGUUUGCUUCCAUCAACUGGUACUUUGUGAAGAAAAACUGGCAGUUUGCCACCUCUGGCACCGGCGUCUGCAUCAACUUUAUGAUCAUCAUGUCUCUCAACGUGGUGUAUGAAAAGGUGGCCUAUUUGCUGACAAAUUUAGAGCACCCACGGACAGAAUCUGAGUGGGAGAACAGCUUUUCUCUGAAGAUGUUCUUGUUCCAGUUUGUAAAUUUGAACAGCUCCACAUUUUACAUCGCUUUCUUUCUCGGAAGGUUUGCUGGCAGGCCUGGAAAAUACAAUAAACUCUUUAAUCGAUGGAGACUGGAGGAGUGUCACCCCAGUGGCUGUUUGAUUGAUCUGUGCCUGCAAAUGGGAGUCAUCAUGUUCUUCAAACAAAUCUGGAACAACUUCAUGGAGCUCGGUUAUCCCUUGCUGCAGAACUGGUGGUCUCGUAGGAAGAUGAAGCAAGGAGGUGGUGGAGGGCAGAAUGUAGAAAAUAAAUCCCAGCUCCCACAGUGGGACAAAGACUGGAAUCUGCAGCCAAUGAACGCCCAUGGACUGGUGGAUGAAUACCUUGAAAUGGUUCUCCAGUUUGGCUUCACCACCAUCUUUGUAGCGGCGUUCCCGCUGGCUCCCCUCCUCGCUCUGCUCAACAACAUCAUUGAGAUUCGUCUUGACGCCUACAAGUUUGUCACUCAGUGGAGGAGACCCAUGCCUGCCCGAGCCACUGACAUAGGUAUCUGGCAUGGGAUUCUCGAAGGUAUCGGCGUGCUGGCAGUCAUCACCAACGCCUUUGUCAUCGCCAUCACCUCAGACUACAUCCCCCGCUUUGUUUACGCCUUCAAAUAUGGCCCCUGUGUGGACAAGGGACACCACCAUGCGGAUGAGUGUUUGCGAGGCUACAUGAACAGUAGCCUGUCUGUGUUUGAGAUGAAGAAUAGCAGCCAAGUCAAAUACUGCAGGUACAGAGACUACAGAGCGCCGCCCUGGAGCUCAGUGCCGUACGAAUUCACCCUGCAGUUCUGGCACGUCUUGGCUGCCAGGCUGGCCUUCAUCAUCGUCUUUGAGCACCUGGUGUAUGGGAUCAAGUCCUUCAUAGCGUACCUCAUUCCGGACAUGCCCAAGGAUCUCUGCGACCGCAUGAGGAGGGAAAAGUACCUAAUGCAGGAGAUGAUGUAUGAAGCAGAACUGGAGCACCUGCAGAAGGAGAGGAAGAAGAACGGACGGCGUUAUCACCACGAGUGGCCUUAGCUUUUACCCCCAUGUCUCCACUACACGCCGCACAGCCCUCAACUCACAGGCAUGACUCCCCCCCUGCCUGCUUCUUUAUGUAUUUUAGCUUUGAGAGUCUAGCUUCACUCGGCUGAUUCUGUACACCAAAGACACCCUCUUCAGUCACCAGAUCCUCCCCACAAAAACCUGUCUGGCUUCAGGCUGUGACCCGACCACUCCCUCGCCAUCUGUUCCACGUCCAGCGCAUUCUGCCCCGCCCUGCCCUGCCCCGCCCCCUCACCUGGCUUCAUCCAGCAGGUUGCCCUUGGGUCUGUGCUGUGUCAUGGCUUCACUGGGAAAACCUGUGCAAUUGUAAUGUUUACUAUGCAGAUCAAGGGCUGCAGAUCACCACUGUUCACUUUUGGCACCCAUCCUGCACUCUCUCUGUGUGGCAGCUAGCACUUCGCUUUGACUCUGUGUGGUGCAGCUUGCAGCAUGGCCGUGUUUUUCUCCCUUGAGCAUCAGCAGAGGUGCCGUUUGGCCUAUUAUAUGUGACAGAGCUACUGUGGCACUCGGCAUUUCUUGUUGCAAAAGAGAUUCUGGUGAUGUGGCUACCAAAUACAACACUGUUCUUGCAAAGCGACUGUAUAUUGCCCUUGAAGCAUGCUGAUUAAUAUUUGCAGCAAGAAAAGUAACAAAAAUAAAAGCAGCAGCAUUCAUUGUGGAGGAUGUGAACAUGCAUUAGGUACAUCCGACAAAGAAUUCUCUAUGACAUUAUAUAAAGUGCAUGGUAAUAUUGUUUUGUACCUUUUGAUAGACAAAGUCCCUGUCAUGAUGCCUGGUUCACGUGUGGGUGUACUCAGUGUGAGCUGUGUGUUAAUCUCAGUGCUACUGCUGAGCUUGACCGUCUUGAGUUGAGGAAAUGUGAACUUUUUGAUUGUGCCUACAGUUGUGCGCCCCACGACUGUGUCACCAACAUCACGUGUGCCUGUUUGUGCUGCACGUGCUUUUUUUCAAGUGCAAGAAAUAUUCUCUCGUCGUUCCGUUGUGUGAUCUUCUGCAAACUCUCUGAACUCUCCUGGAAGGAUUUGUUUUGGAUGUGAGUCACACCACAGUACCUACUCGGGUCUCGGCUAAUGGCCCUGAAACACGGUAUACGUUGUAAUGUGACUCCCAUCAUGAACAAUGUACACACUCGCAUGCAGGAGCCUCAAAUCUGCUCUUCCGUUCUGUGCCCGCAGCCUGUUUUUCAUUUGUUGUUGGAAGCCCUGAAGCGUGGUUGAAACUUGGAUCACUUAGACAUACCUGUGGCUUGGAUGUUCAGCUUGCAAAGAACAUCCAUCCACUGUUCUUCGCUCAUAAAGUACGCCAACAUACUCCAGUUCCUUUGCUAAGCACAUGGUCAGAUGCGGUUUUCUGCUGCUUCCUGACCUUUACUGAUGUGAAACUGAGAAAUUAGGUUUUGUCAAAUGCAAAGUCGUGACCUUUUAUUGUGGUCAGUUCUGAUGUCACAGAGCUGUAAUGCUUUGGGGAACUCAGGAAAACAGGCAGCAUGAGCGACGCAUCCAUCUGUGAGGCUGAGUCAGAGUCAUAAUCAUUUCCUGUUUCAUUCAUGUUGAGAUGGAGAGUUGUGAAGUGAACAGUAUUAAUGAGGGGGUUUCUAUUUUGCUGGUGAUGAGGGGACCUAUUAUGCUCAUUUUCAGAUUCAUACUUGUACUUUUGGUUAUUACUAGAACAUGUUUACAUGCUUUAAUGUAAAAAACCCCCACUGUUUUUCAUAUAGUGCCCAUGGCUACUGUACCUCUAUUCACCCUCUGUCUGAGACGCUCCCUUUUAGCCUGUCUGUUUAGCCCCGCUCUCACAGAAACCGGUUAUAAGCUUCUAAACCGUCUCUGGCCCCGUCUGCUCUCAUUGGUCAGUGUUUAUGGGUCUUAUGCAUCUGUGAUCUCGCUGUCUCUGCACCAUCAGUCAUCAUAGCCAGAAAAAUGACACUCCUGUUUCUACUGAGUUUCUAAUGUAUUUAAAGGUAUUUUGGUGUUUCUUCCAGAAAUUAUGAAUAUCCAUACGUUUUGUAUGUUUGUCUGUGUUGCCACGUUGCCUAUGAAAACACAAUGUACACAUGCUACAUUCAAUUUUAACACAUCUGUCACCACUACGAGACAACCCACAACACCAUUCAUAGGCAGAAGGGACAGCUAAGUCAAUGUAGCUGUUACCUUUGCUGUUCUGCCUUAAAAAUAUAAACACAGCUGCAAAUCUAAGCAGAGUUUUCAUUUAUGUCUGUGACCAUUUAUUUUAAAAUGCCUGUAAGGUUGGUUUUAAUAAGGAGUGGGUUAAAUAAAAAAGAAGAAGCUUUAAAACCAAAAGCUUGUCAUGGUUCCAACAGGAAUGUGAUGUGAAAUUGGGGGGAAAUUAACAACAUCAGCAACCAAGAUUACAGGUUCCCCUGAUAUUAGCAUGUGGCUACAUGUAGCAGUGUUUGUAAUGUAAACACUGCAGUAACGUGCCUGGAGCAGGUGACUAUAUAUCAUGAAGUGACGUCAGCUUGAGCCAAGAGUAGAGAAAGCUGUUGGAAACGGAGCAUUUAGAACAGUUUGAAACAUGAAACUUGUGCUCAGAGGAAUUACUUUUACAUAGGUAAGUAAGAAAAUAAGAGCAUAAUAGGUCCCCUAUUAAAUGUUGGCUUAAGAGUUUCAGUACAGGUCAUGUUGAUCACAUGAUGGUAAAUAAGAUCUAACUGCACUGAAGAUAAAUAAUAUCUAUAAUAAUAACUACCCUGAAUGCAUUGCACAACACUUGAAAACGUGGAAUUUAUAAUUUUACACCAAUUGUACACAUCUUUGUAUAUACAUUUUAUGAUGUAUGUAAUGUUUGUAUAUUUUUUAUUUUCUGCUCUCAGUAUGAGUUCACCCGUUUUCACCCUCAGAUAAACGAGAGUUAAUGUCCACAUUUCUCAGGUGUCCUCUGAAUGUUUUAUAUUUUCUAAGAUGCAAUCAAAGGUGUCCUGCUUUUUAAGAUAUAUAUAUUUUUGCACUGCAGUGCAUUUGCAUGACUAUGAUGCACACUCACAGUUGAAAGCAUGUUAGAUUUUUCUUUGCAUUAUCAAGGUAUAAGUAUAGAGCGUAUCAGAAAGAAGACAUGUGAUGCAGGUUGUUGGUUAACAAGUGUUCAGUCCAUCAUCACAAUCAUUUCAUUCACAAGAGAGUUUUUUAAGCUCAUUAGAAAAUGAGUCCAGGUUUUCAGAAUAUCUUCCCUGCUAUGUGAACAUUAAAAAUCUAUGCAUGUUGUUAGUUUGAACAGAUGCAGAUGUAAAUGUUCUGGUACAUUUGUACUGUAGAGUAUGCAUGACCUAACAGCUGCUUCGAGCAGAGCUAACUUCUGUAAAGUUGUUAACAGCGUCUUAAACAUAUCACCUCCCUUUUCAGUGUUGAUUCUUUUCUGUAGGUCCGGACAAGACUUUAUGUUACUUGAUGUGGCCGAAUUUUAACCUGUAAGAGUAUUUUCUGAAUAAAAGUUUGGACUUUUUAUUUAUAUAAUAUGGAAUUUCAAGGACAGUCAAAUAAAACUAAACCUUCAGAUUUGCUUUGUUUGAACACUCAACUGGGAAUUUAUGUUUACCCCCUAACAGCUGAUGUGCUUAACCUAAUGUGAUAGGGGUAAUUUUAUGAAUGAAUAUGACCUUGGAUGUUUGACUUGCUCGGCUAUUAAUCUUUUUCCUGUUAUCUCUUCUCUGAGAGCAUCGGUUCACAUUCUCACUAACACAAAUGCUGCACAGUGGUGGAAAGGCUGCCUUCAUGCCUUCUGCUGUUAGCAAUAGCACAAUAUGGGUAUUGCAUAAUGAGUAAUAAUGGCAUGACCUUGCACAUCUCUGAAAAUAUAACAGUCUAGGGGGGGAUUAAGCUUUCUGUUUUCCGCUUUGCCUCCUAAUAGGAUUGUGCUUGAGCAAGUGUUGUACUUGACGUGGAAGCACAGUGACAUUAGACCGUAGAUUUAACUGUACAAUAGGGUGGUUUCAGUCGUGACAUGAAGUGUAUCAAUAACAUUGUUUACUUCGUUCCUGUUUACAUGUAAAAACAUAUUGAAAUGUAUAAAAAUAAUGUAACAUAAAAUAAUUUGGAUAUCACUCUUUUUCUGUAAUAAAUCAUGGAUUGUAUCUUUUAAAUCAAA